AAAAUAUGAUAGCCCCAAACAGUCUGGCAACUCAAGCUCAGAACUUCCAAAGAAGUUCAAAGGAUUUUCGGGGAAUUUACCUGUAAUAUUCAAAAAAGGAAGAUAACUGCCCGCCUAAAAUAAACGUGGUUCUUCUUUUUGUUGAGUGUUUUAAAAACUAUUUAAACUUUCAUCAAGAAGUAAAAACAACAUACUCAAAGUUGAUUCCCAUUAUAAAAAAAUAUCAAAGGUAAUAAUGGAAACUCCCCUUGAAGAACCAUUAAAGUUCGGUGCGGGCAUUGACUACGUGCUCGGUGCGAUCUCCAUUGACGACGAGGACCGACAAACUUUCAUGGAAGAUGCCCAGCAAAUCGAAAAUGAGUUCAUACGGGCGAUUUCCCGCAAGGAUCCCUUCUUCGCCUCGGCCUUCCGUGGACUGUCCUUGACGGGCAGUAACCUGGACAAGGUCAAGAUCAAUCUGCCCGAUGAGUUCGAUAUGCUGACGACUAUCCAGUUGCCCUGUGAAGUGGAGCCAGUGCGGCUGACCGGCCAACCCAACUACGUGUUGCUGCGGGUCAGAGGGGAUAAUACCCCUUAUCACCUAGUGAACAGCCAGGGAGAAGAGAACUACAUCAGCCGUCGCAAGGUUCAGGCCUGGUUCCGAGACAACGUCAACGAAGUUAUUCCGGAAGUGGAGUGCAUCCACUGCCAAGGCGGGCGGACCUACGAGCUCAAAAACAUAAGUGGCGGGCAUGUAGCCCACACCAUUAAGGCUACCUGCCUAUCGGACCCCAGUCGGAAGAUAUGCUUCGACUUUGUGCCCGCUUUUAAAUUUCUGGCAUCGCAGUGGCUGCGUGUUUUCCCCCAACACCCAAAUGAGGAUUGCAACUGGUACGCCGUGCCCUGUAAAAUCCGAACGCCCAAUGUUCCGGACGAUCCUCGUUCUUUCGUCGUCUGUGCUCCUCACUGGGAGCGAAUGGUCCUGAGGAAGAAGCAGCACCUCAAGAACGGAUUGCGGCUUAUGAAAGCCUCACGGGACGCCAACGAUAUACCCAUGAUAUUCAGUUACACCAUCAAGAGUCUCUUCCUGAACGCGACCAAGAAAAGAAUGAUAAACUAUAAUCAAUCGCCAGGACAAGUUCUAAUUCGAGCGCUUGUCUGUAUGACGUGGUUCCUUCGGAGGGGAUUUCUCCCGUUCUACUUGGUGCCGGAUGCCAGCGUUUUGGAGCACCUUGGCGUCGAGCAGAGAAGGGAUUAUUUGAAAAUAUUAUACAGCAUCUUAAAACGACUUAUCAAGUGUCGGGAGCGCGAUCGCAUGACUCCAGAUGAUAUGCAGUUUAUUUUCGGAAUGCAGUACUAG